ACCACCUGAUACAGACUGAAUCCAUAUUCACAUGCACAAGCUCACUUUGGUGUGUUUUGGUGGAGAGGUUUUUUUUUUCUUGGGAGGGUGCAUAUAUAGUGAAUGCAGGGUCCGGGGAGACCAGAUAUAGUGAAUGAAGGGUCCGGGAAGACCAGAUAUAGUGAAUGCAGGGUCCGGGGAGACCGGAUAUAGUGAAUGCAGGGUCCGGGGAGACAGGAUAUAAUGAAUGCAGGGUCCGGGGAGACCAGAUAUAGUGAAUGCAGGGUCCUGGGGAGACCAGAUAUAGUGAAUGCAGGAUCCGGGGAGAGCAGAUAUAGUGAAUGCAGGGUCCAGGGAGAG